CCUCUCUGGAGCCCUCCAGGAAAUGACCCCUGGGGCUGGUGGGGGACCUUGGGUGAUUGUGCGGGACAACGGACAAAGAGGGCUGAGUUUCCAGAGCCAAGUGCCUUCUGCUGCCCGACUGCUCCUUGGUGGAGCCCAGCGGCCGGGCUGGGCUAUAAAGGCUGGCCUCCUGGGCUUCGGAUUCAGGUGCCAGGGGCUGGAGAGCAGGCAUGGCGAUGAAGUGUGUCCUGCUGGGCCAGGUCCUGGUGCUGCUCUGGGUGUCCCUGGCUUGGGCUGAGGUCCUGGUGCAGCCCGAUUCUGAUGCUAAGAAGUUCUCAGGCCUCUGGUACGUGGCCUCCAUGGUCUCCAACUGCAAGGUCUUCCUGGGCAAGAAGGACCACCUGCUGAUGUCCACCAGGGCCAUCAAGGCCAUGGCGGGGGGCAACCUCAGUGUCCACAUGGAGUUCCCUCGGGCUGAUGGCUGUCACCAGGUGGAUGCUGAGUACCUGAGGGUGGGCUCUGAGGGCCACUUCAGAGUCCCAGCCCUGGGCUACCUGGAUGUGCGCAUCGUGGACACAGACUAUAGCUCCUUCGCCGCGGUCUAUAUCUACAAGGAGCUGGAGGGAGCGCUCAGCACCAUGGUGCAGCUCCACGGCCGGACCCAGGAAGCAAGUCCCCAAGCUGUGAAGAUCUUCCGGGACUUCUGCCCCACCGUAGGGCUCCCGGAUGACGUGAUGGUCAUGGUGCCCAAGUCAGAUUGUGGGAUUCUGGCGGGAAGUUGGUGUGGCCUCCAGCCAAAACCUGGCACUGAAGACCCCAAAGAGGCUGGAAGCCUUGUUCCUGACCUUGAGUGGACAUGAGCUGAUUGUGAAGGCUGCGUAUAACAGCUCAGGAAGUUGUGAGACAGAAAAAAUAGUGAGCUCAGAAAUAGAUGUUUCGGGGACAUUCGUUUUUCCUGGCCACAGGGAGAUCCACGUGAUAGACACAGACUAUGAACAGUAUGCCAUUUUGAGGCUGUCGCUCCACUGGCAAGGCAAGGACUACCAUGUGCUCAAGUAUUUCACUCGGAGCCUGGAGGACGAGUAUGGGCCAGGCUUCUGGAGAUUCCGGGAGAUGACAGCAGACAUGGGGCUUUACCUGGUGGCCCGGCAUGGGAGAUGCGCCAAGCUCCUGAAGGAGGAGCUGGUCUAGAGGAUCCCUGUGCCCAGGCCGGGAUGCUCCGAGCUCUGCGCCCCACCCACCGCCCGCCUCUCCUGGCCCCCAGGGCGCUGCUUGUUCCUGCUCCAAAUAAACCCCACUGACAAACCCA